AGAUUAGACAUACGCACGCACCCAUUUACUUUCAUAUAUAUAUAUAAAAUAUAUAUUGUUACAUAUAUAUAUAUAUAAUAUAUUCAUAUAUGAAUUACCUUACUAUACUACUAGUCUUGGUUGGAUUAGCAGUUAAUAGUAUUAUCGGUCAACUACCAAUACAACAACAAGACGAUACACCCUCCAUAUGUCUUUCCCUUCGUGAUUCCAAAGCUUGUCCCGCAUUCCAUCAGUUUUAUGUAUCAACAGGUGUCGUAGACCGAUAUCCCUUUUUACCUAACAAUAUCUCAACAAUUCAAGAACUAGAUAAUGGUUUAUUUAGUUAUGUCAAUUCAACAAGUGAUUACCUUCUACCAUUAGGUUGUCUUAGUACAAACUAUAGUCCAAAUGUCCCUUAUGCUCGUUAUGCUAUCACCAAAAUGUGCGCUCGAUUAAUUCAAGACGAAGAAGAUUCUUUACCUUGUAAUACUGAACACCAUGUUAUCCCACCACCUCUUUGUCGUUCUACUUGUCUUGAUUGGGUCAAUAGUAUUACUGCCAUUACCUCUCAACCUUCUGUUUGUAGUGAUUCUAUUCAACGUACCGAUGCUCUUGCGAAUUAUACCAAUCAUUGUCUCUCUUGGCAAGGAUAUAAUGCUACCACUGAUGAUAAUUGUAUUGCUGGAUUUGCAAAUGAACCUGAAAAUUGUGGUUUUCGAGACGAUAUCAAGCAGGCAUGUCAAUUCUGUCAAAAUACAACCAAUGCAGCUUCUUCCAAUUGUUGCCAGAUGGUGAAUUGUGCUACUGGUCUCAAUUUAGCAAGUAUUAUAGGAAUUACAGUAGGAACAUUGAUGGGGGCUUCAUUAUUACUUUUGGCUUGUUAUUGUUUAUGUUCAAGGCAUUGGUCUCGUCAUCGAUAUUUCAACAAAAAUGAUAAGAAAACGAACAAUAAAUUUUCAUCAUCGACAUCUUUUUCAUAUUUUUCAGAUUCCAAAACUGCUAUUCAUGAUGAUCAUCAUUUAAAACAUUGGCCCGAAGAUACAACAACAACAACAACAACAAUGACUUCUACAAAUAAUACAAGUACCACCAGUUUUCCACCAACAAUACGACAUGAUCAUCACUUACAACCAUAUCAAUUAAAACAAGAAGAUCUUUAUACAGUGAUUCAUGCUUACCCUCCUCAAAUGGAUGAUGAAUUGGCUCUCAAUAUCGGUGAUAUCAUUAUGUUAGCUUUACCUUUCGAUGAUGGUUGGGCUUUAGGUAUCAAUAUGUCUACUGGUUUAAAAGGUGCUUUCCCUCUUGUAUGUGUCUCUCCUGCUUCUACUUUUGUGAUGGAACAAUGGCGAUCAUCAAGAAUAUCUAUACCCCCUCCUUCUUUUAUUACCAAUACUACUUCUUCUAUUCCAAAACGUAUGACAUCCAAAUCAUCCAAUUCUACUUCUCAUUCUGAUACGAUAUCCCCCUUUUUGGACUCCCAUCCUAUAGGAUAGUUUACUUUAGUCCUUUUGCAUAUACAUACGAACCAAUUUUUUUUUUUAUUCAUUUAUAUAUACAUAUAUAAAAAAAAAACUCCUUUCUCAUUCUCUCUCUUUCACACACACUUCCUCCUCCAUUGAAACAAAAAAAAA